CCUCCUGGGGCUCAAGAGGGCCCCCCACGAAACUGAAUGCCAGGUUCCCAUUGGCUCAGAGUUUUUGCAGAGACGGCAUCCUGCCCGGGCUGGCCGUGUUCUUAAACCAAGGGUGCCACCCUCCAGGCAUCCUUGAGAAAGGAGCCCGCCAUCUCUGCAGCCAGUUCCGCCCCUCCAUGUGGCUCAGAGCUGUACAGUAACCCACAGCCAUGGGGUCCCAAGGCAGCGUGGGGCGAGGGAGCCUCCUUCUCCUCGCAGUGCUGGUCUCAGCGAUGGUGCUAACUCCGACCUUAGCCAUUCACGUUUACACAGACCGGGAAGUCCAUGGCAGGGUGGGCUCCAAAGUCACGCUUUCCUGCAGCUUUUGGUCAAGGGAAUGGAUCUCCGAUGACAUUUCUAUCACUUGGCACUUUCAGCCGGAGUAUAGCAGAGACAGCGUUUCAAUAUUUCAUUAUGCCAAGGGUCAGCCGUACAUAGACGACAUUGGAACAUUCAAGGAUCGCAUCUCGUGGAUCGGGGACCCCGGCUGGAAAGACGGUUCCAUAGUCAUUCACAACCUGGACUACACAGACAACGGAACUUUCACCUGUGACGUCAAGAACCCACCCGACAUUGUGGGGAAAACAUCUCAGGUCACGCUCUACGUCUUUGAAAACGUGCCUGUCAGGUAUGGCGUGGUUUUGGGAGCCGUCAUCGGAGGUGUGCUGGCCGUGGUUCUCGUCGUCUUGGUGAUCGCCUGCCUCAUCAGGUAUUGCUGGCUGAGAAGACAGGCCACUCUGCAACGGAGACUCAGUGCUAUGGAGAAAGGCAGGCUGAGGCUGGGCAAGGAUUCAUCCAAACGGGGUCGCCAGACUCCAGUCCUCUACGCCAUGCUGGACCACAGCCGCCUCACCAAGUCCGCCAGCGAGAAGAAGUCCAAGGGAGGCCUGGGCGACUCCCGCAAGGAUAGGAAAUAGCGGUUAGCAGGCAGGGAAGGUACCCAGAAGAAGGCGGGCGAGAAGAAGAAGGUCGUCAUGACCAUCGAGGUGGAACUGAAGAAGGACCAGCUCGAGGCGGAAGGCCUCAAGCCCGCCGUCAAAUCCCCAAGCAAGAGCAGCCUCAAAAACGCCCUCAUGAACAUCAUCAAAAGCGAUUCGGAAAAGUGAUUUAGAACACCGGGAACAUCCUAGCCCUUCAUUUCCUGAGAAGAGGGGCCUGGGAUCCUCCCCCCCCUCACGUUGCUUCGGUUCUCUGCCUGGCCUAUCCAGUCAGGAGCUGAAGGGAUUUUUGGUAUGUUCCUGCCCGUGUCAGCUUGGUCUCCAUCCCUCUCUCUUUCCUAACCUUGACAGAGAAACAUCCACUGUAUUAUAUGUAAUGCAAAGCACAGGGCACCUACACACUUAACUCUAUUAAUAAUCCCUGCACUUUGUGUAUUCACAGAAGGAGGAGGCAAAUUGAGGCUGGACCAUCACUGGCAAGGAACCAACCUGUCGCCUCCCCAUAUUAGGAGCCUCUUUGUCUGCCUGACAAGUCAGGGGACAGCCAGGCCAGUCUUGGGGCACCCUUUCAUCCAAGCUUUGCUAAGGUCAACAUUUGAGGCCUUGCGUCACUGCCGCCCACAGCCUCUGAGGUGGACUACCGAUGAACCCUGUGUGGUCCCAGUACCACCAAGGCCCUCAUGUGGAAAA